GUGUCUCGAUCACCUUGGACGUUGCAUGAACAAAGGCUCUGGACAGAUCAACAAAAGAACAUGUCUAGUAUCAUAUCAUUUUCUGGUUCGAUUGAACAAGAAAAGAUACAAACGCCACUUUCAGACACGGAAUUGUCUAUUUAAACCGACUCAUCUGCAUCACCACAAUAUUGGAUCCACCAUUCUCAGCUUCAAAACAUGACUUCGAAUGCUCCAACAGCCAAGCUGGCCGUCCUCAUCGACGCAGACAACGCAAGCGCUGCAAUGGUAGCCUUUGUCCUCGCAGAAUUCGCAAAAUACGGCACCACUUUCGUCAAGCGCGCUUACGGCGACUGGACCAGCUCCCGAUUGAACAGUUGGAAGCCCCAACUCCUCCAGAAUUCAAUCCAGCCUAUGCAACAGUUUGCAUAUACUUAUGGAAAGAACGCGACUGAUUCAGCUAUGAUCAUCGACGCCAUGGAUUUGCUAUACUCUAACAAAUUCGAUGGUUUCUGCAUCGUGUCAAGUGACAGCGACUUUACGCGUCUUGCGUCACGCAUUCGUGAGUCGGGACUGGUGGUUUAUGGAUGUGGAGAGCGGAAGACUCCGAAGCCGUUUGUCACUGCGUGUGAUAAGUUCAUUUACGUUGAGAAUCUUGUGCCGAGAUCUGGGACUCCGUCAAUUGAGGUUGACGUUGCUGGAGCAUCGACUACGAUACCACUCAAUGGAGUCUUGCCUAGCCAGAGACCCCCAGGCGGUCACGCACCGAUUUCAGCGUUUUCUAAGGGAAAAGCACUUUUGAUGGACUCACCAGUACCUGUCCGGGGCUUGUCUUCUGAGCAACCCUCUCCAGGGCCUUCGAAUCGUGCACAAGUCGCGCGCCCCUCUAAUAAGAUUGAUUUCCAGAAGGGCCGGACGGACUCACGGGCGAAAUACAACGUCGAAUCAUCAGCGGAACCAUCCAGUGCACAGAACAUCAAAGCCGAGCCCUCCGACGCAGGACCACCCAUCCCCUCAUGGACUAGCACAACAAACGGCAAGCGCAAAAGACUUGACCCCGAAACCAACAGCCCAGCCCCAAACAGACCCCGAGCAACAUCCCUCGAACCAAGCGAACUGCAACCUGAGCAACGAGCAGUUGAUGAACAAGUAAUCGAGUGGCUACGCGAAGCAGUCGAAGCAAGAACCGGUGAAGAUGGCUGGGCUGGUCUUGCGGCUGUCGGAAUGCUCAUGAACAGAUGGCAUCCGGAUUUCGAUGUUCGAACAUAUGGGUACAAAAAGUUGCAUGAGUUGAUGGCGUCAACGGGAUUAUUUGAGUUUAUGGAUCGGAGUCCGGGGGAUGGGAAGCCGAUUGUCAAGUAUGCGAGGUAUCUUGUGGAUGGAGAUGAUGGGGCUUCGGUUGAACCACCUUCGGUUGACCCAGCUCCGGUUGACUCACGUUCGAAGUAGAUUUGUCUUUUUGAUGAUUUUGAUGCCUGAUUUUCCAUUUGUAGUCUGAUAUUACAUGGAUAGCGGGCGACUUAGGAAAAGGAUAAAGAGUAACAAAUGUCUGUGUCUUGUAAAUCUAUCUCUCUUAUGCU